GCGGGGCGGGGCGGCGCGCGGCGCGGUGAGGAGGGGCGGCGCGGAGCAGGGGGCGCGCAGAGUGCAGCGGCCGCCGCCAUGUUCGGGGGGCUCGGGAAGUGCUUCGAGGAUGAUCCCUUCUUCAGGGAUCCCUUUGCUGCCCACCACGAGCACAUGCGGCAGAUGAUGCGGAGCUUCUCGGAGCCCUUCGGGCGGGAGCCGUUCCUGCGCCUCCCGGAGGGCAGGGACCGAGCGGCGCCCGGGAGGGCGGACCCGGCCCGCCAGGAGCCCCCGGCCGUGCGGGGCGCCCGCAGGGCCACCAGCUUCUCCCUCAUGCCCUUUGCAGGUUUUGGGAGAGGGCAGGAUGUAGAUUUUGGGGAUCCAUUUUCUGCAAUGGACAGGAUGAUGUCAAACAUGAGGAACAACAUGCUGGAAAUGCACAGGAAAUUUGAUGACCUGUCCAUCCAGCCCGGCGGACACAGUUUCAGCUCCUCCUCCGUCAUGACCUACUCCAAAAUGGGGGAUGAACCUCCCAAAGUCUUCCAAGCCUCGAGCCAGACCCGCACGGCCCCGGGAGGGGUUAGGGAGACAAGAAAAGCUGUGAGGGAUUCUGAAAGUGGCGUGGAGAAAAUUGCCAUUGGUCACCACAUUCAUGAUCGGGCUCAUGUCGUCAAAAAAUCCAAGAACACCAAGACUGGGGAUGAGGAGCUGAACCAAGAAUUCAUCAACCUGGAUGAGUCUGAGGCUGGCACCUUUGAUGAGGAGUGGCAGAAAGAGAUCAUGAAGUUCAGGCCUUGCCGAAGCAGAGGAGCUGUGGAAGCUGCAGGAUCCCGAAGUGCCCACAACAGUCCCAGGGAAAAUGCAUCAAGAAGAGAGAAGCCACUUGGAGCCCCGGGAUCCAGAAUGCCCAGGGAUUCCUUGGAGACCCUGAGUGUGAAAGGAACACAGGUCCCCCUGAAGAGCUCCAGGAAAUAACUGUCCCAUUCCCUCAGGAUGGAGAUUCCCUGGAGCAGAUGAUGGUGCUCAGUGCUCGUGUCCAUAAAAAUACACCUGGAUUUGUGACCAAUCUCUGUUCUGUGUUGUGCCUUUGCUUCUCCUGCUUCUGAAUGUCCUUCAAACCUCCUGAAUUCAAACCCAGCAACUUUCUGCCUAAAAGCACUUUACAGAACAUCUCUGAUCCUGGUAAAACCAGCUUGGGUUUGCAGAGUUGUUCUGCUGCAGCUACACCCAUCUCAGGCUUUACUGAGCCUGGUACUGCAGCUCCUCCUUCCCACUCCAAGUUGCACAGAAAGUAAAUUUCCUUUCUUUUGAGUUGUUGAAAUAAUUACUGAUUUUCUGGUUAAUUUACAGAACUUGAAUACACUAUAAAACACUAUUCUCUGUUCUCUAAAAUAAUUUUAUAAAUUGUUAGAGAACCCCCACACUCACCUGGGUGGAAUAUAAAGUGAGAGGAAAUACUGAAAUAUGGCAAUACUUUCAAUUUAUCAGUUUUUCUGUUAAUAAGCUGUGCUUGCACCUCAUUUCCUGUGCCUCAGCUGUCAGCUUUGUAUUCCUGAUCCUUUGUUUUUUUCUGUGGAGUUGGCCCAUCAUUUUCCAUUUUGUGGAUUGUCUGUAGUAUUCAAUUACUAGGAAUUAGUAACUAGGAGUUACUCAUGGGAAAAAUACCUGGGAGAAAAGAGUUUAACUGGAAUGAUUUCACCAUUUCUUGUGUUCUAAGGAGCCCUGGAUACAGGAACUCCUCUCCUUUUUGUGUUCUGUGUUUUACUGAGAGCAGAGUGACCCUAAAUCUACAUUUGAUGGGAGUUUAGAAGAGCCAGCAGUGUCUGGGAGCAGGAAAAUCCAGGGAUUCCAGGUGUUCAGUCCCUGUACUGUUCUGUCACACAGAAUUAUCCCUGUGGUGUAGCAGAAAGAGUUUCUGUAAAUUAAAUAACAUUAAAACAUUACAUUGUUAAAGGUUUCUAUUAUAAUGUAGCCUUUAAAAUUAAUAUUUGUAUGAUAAAAUAGGGUUUAAAGUUAAGAGUAAUAUUUGUUUGGCCAAAAAGCCUCUAAAUAAUAUUUAAUCUUCCUGCAGUUUCCCCAGAGUAUUUAAUUUUAAUUAAUUAAUGUUAAUUAAUGUGCAAACCUAAUCAGCAGCACUUUUGUUGAGCUCUGAAAAGGGAGGGACAAUUAUUUGCUUGUGGUAUCUUCGUGAAUUAGAGAAGUGUCAGUGGCAAUAAGUUGAUAUGAUCAAUAUUAAUGGCAGUAAUUGAACCAUUUAAUGAGCAGGGAAGGUCAGCUGGGCUUGGACCCCUCUUAAAGUCAGAGCUCAACCCAGGGCUCACUUUCCAUCCACUGGAGACAACGUGGAUCCUGCAAUUAAUUUAUUAGCUAGUAAUUAAACUCAGUAAUUAACAGCAGCAAUGUUUUCUAGUUGGAAUUUGAGCAGGAAUCUUGGAGACCUGCUACUGCUAAAUGGAAAAUUCACCUGAUAACUCGGAUUUUUGUGUGAAAUCAAACAAGCACACCCUGGGUUUUGAAAUGACAGUGGGAGGAGGUGAAUAUUCCCUCCAGAUCCCUUUGCUACACCAAGACUGUUCUCCAAUGUACAGCACAAGUUGUGCUCUGUAAAAACAUCUGAAGCUGCAAUUCUUUAAUAAAGUUAUUUAUUCUUUA